AUUGCAAAUAAUAAGAAAGAUAACAUCGAUUUCCAUGUGAGAUGAAUUGAUAUUGCUCAGCAAGACAAACAUUUUGUGGAAUUAGGGUAGCAAUAAAUGGCUCAGCUUGUUACUUAUUUCUCAGAAUUGGGUGAGUCUUUGCCUUAGCAAGGGCGAUGACUCUCCCCUAAUUGAUAAGCGUGUGGUGGUAAGAAUUUUUGACUGUCAUCUCUGGAAAAAUAUCAAAUAUUUACAUAUGUUGCUAUUGUAUAUUUAGAAUAAUGGAUGAGAAAAUAUCUAAAGAAAAGACUGCCUUUGUUUCAAAUACAUUUGGCACAACAAUACCAGAAGUAUUUCAAGUUGCUGCAACUCCAGUGCUAAGUUGCAUGUUAUACGCUUUAAUAAAAUGCAAGUUUGGAUUGUCUCGAAGUGGAAGAUGGUAUAAAGACUGCCUUCUGUUUCUAAUAGAGAAUUUCCUGAUAGUUUUUACAGGAUUUUUUUCUGUGACUUUAUUAUCUGACUAUGUGUUGCAAUUAAACUUAGCUUUGCUUUUUCUUAAUACAAUUGCACUGCAUAGCCAUAUCAGAAAUAAGAUGUCUUUCAAACAGUUUAUUUAUCUAUGUCACCAUAUCAACCCAGUAGAAAACAUGUAUCUGACCAAUUAUAAAGCGUUGAUGCAUAUUUGCACUGCUAUAUGUGUACUGGCGGUUGAUUUUAACAUAUUUCCUCGAAGAUUUGCAAAAGCAGAGGUGUAUGGAGUCGGUGUUAUGGACAUGGCUGUGGGUUCAUACAUAUUUAGCAAUGCACUAACAUCCACACAGGCCCGUGUUAGAUUAAAUUGUGCUUUACCAUUUUCCGAUGUUACAAAAAAUUUGAAGAAUUCUUUGAUAUUGGUUUGUUGUGGAGCAAUGCGUGUUUUAUUCAUAAAAGGAAGUAAUUACCAAGAGCAUGUGAAUGAGUAUGGCGUUCACUGGAACUUUUUUUUUACUUUAGCUUUAAUCAAGCCACUGGCUACAUUUAUAUUAUAUUUACUGCCAUGGUAUCAGAAGCAGCUGGGUUAUUUGUCUUUAUCGGUAAUCAUAGUAACAUUAUAUCAAAUCUGUUUAUCAAGAUUUGGAUUAACUGAUGUUAUACAAGAUGGGUUACAAGGUGAUAAGUCCAGAGCAUCCUUUAUUGAUGCAAACCGUGAAGGAUUGUUUUCUUGCAUCGGUUAUUUGAGUUUAUAUUUCUGUGGAUUGUUUUUUGGUAGACAAAUCUUCAAGGCCAAGUUACCUUUGGUCAAUAAAAUAUUUUGGUUAUUUUUGUGGUUUCUUUCAAUGUUGGUAGUACUAAAUGCAAGCUUAUACUUUGUUUCCCCAAUAUCUCGACAAAUGGCAAAUUUAUCGUACUUCUUGGUGCAAGUGGCUUGUAAUUGUUUUCUUCUCAUUGGAUUCAUGCUGAUUGAUUUGUUUUGUGAACUCUUGGAUAGAUUUAACGAAAAGAAAAACAAUAACAAAUCGAAUAUAUUUUAUUCUAGUUUAUCAGUUCUAUGCAGAGCGAUAAAUCGUAAUCUUUUAUUAUAUUUCAUAUUGUGCAAUGUUCUUACUGGCAUUGUAAAUUUCAUGUUUGAUACUAUAAACUGCUCUAAUCUCAUGGCAGUAAUUAUCAAUCUUUUUUAUUUAUUAGGAUUAAAUUUAGUAAUUUGGAUAAUAUUUAUUUUUCAACUGUCAUAAAGAGUUUAUUAAAGCUUACAUCCUAGGAAAUAUGUUCAAAAUAUCAAACCGAAUAGGUGAAUUAUAAAUAUACAUUACCACGUACAUUGAUAAGCCAUUAAAACAGCACCUCAUUCUUUCUAAUACAUGAUGUCAAGCAUUAAUUAGCAUAAUUAGCAAAAAUCAUUAUUGAGAACUGAUCAAGAUUUUUUUUAAAAAAUAAAAAGAUUCAUAGACAACCUUGUACAUGUUAAAGAGCAAACUUGUUUUGUUGCAGGAGGUAAGAUUUAAUGAAAAUGUUUGUAUUCAGAUGUGCAUUUUAAGAAGAAAAUUGUGUCAUUGUUAACAUGUGGUCUUCUUGUAAGGCCCUUCAAAGCCAUUGUUAUGUGCGAGAAAAAAUACUGUAAAUGACAUGUUGAAACGCCCAGAUAUUUAAAAAAAGAAUUUUGACUUUUGGCAUUUAUUCAGACCAGGCAAUUAUUUGGAAGGAGCAUAUGUUCUAAACAUGUUGGACGUUCUUCUAAUAAUUCUUAAUUUAUAAUGAAUCAUUAUGACAAAUUUCCCACCUAUUGAAUUGAGGUACUGAAGUGAAAUAAGUUAUGUACAAACACUUUUAGCUAGAGUAUAAGGAAAAUAACUGAACAGUAUUCAUUAUCAGAUUGAGUAAGGUUGGUUAGUAGCUACAGUUUUUAUUGUUUUCAAGUCACACGUUUCGAAUAAAAGUAUAUGUGGACACUCAUUUAUUGUGAAGGUAUAGCCUGGACAUUUAAGCAUUAACUGUGUCUGGUUUAUCUGUAACAGGCAAAGUCGAUUAUAUUUUUUAAAUUGCCUUUAAAACAUUCUAUAAAACAUCCCCUAAAACUAUAUUCUGUAUUUUAUAAAACUUUUAUUUUCAUUUUAAAUGAGUUCGCUGGGAAUUGUAUUGUAUGCUAAUAUACUGUUAUGGGUUUUUUAUACCACAAGAAAUGUAAAUGCUUAACUUCA